UUCGCCCGAAACAACCGCAUUCUGAACGGUAACGCCGCCUGUUGUGCUGAGUACGCGAUUUCGCGUACUGCGGAAAUCGCCUGUACGUGGGUGGUACGGGACACAUGCGAGAAGAUUCGCCUAUUCAACACAAUCGCCACUUCCGGUGGUCCAGCUGAUCCAGGCAUUCCUGGGAAGGCGUCGUGUCCAGGAGUUCCAGGAAGUCCGGGUGUUCCAGGUGUUCCGGGGUUUCCAUCAAGACCAGGCUCGCCAGCCUUUCCAGGUGCGCCAGGCUCUCCUGCCCAUCCGGGCUCUCCAGGUUGUCCAGGAGCUCCGGGGAAAGAGCUGGUACCAGGCAUACCAUCUGGUCCAGUGGCUCCAUCAAAACCAGGUUCUCCAACGGGUCCUGGGGUUCCAUCGUCUCCUGGUGGUCCAAUCUUGCCAGUUGAUCCUGGGAAUCCUUUUUCACCUUCUGGUCCACUUGUUCCGGGUUCUCCUGGCGGUCCUGGUACAUCGUGCACGACAGCAAGAGAGUUUCCGUUAGCUCCAGGCUUGCCAUCAAUACCAGCAAGACCUUCAUCUCCUCGUGUUCCAGGUGGUCCUGGAGGUCCAGCUGGUCCUGCGGGGCAUCCGGCGUUGUUCUCCUCGCAGUUACAGCUUCCAGGAUAUACGUAA